UACAAUGAACUCACCUGCUUGGUUUGAGCGCAUGAAAUACAAGUAUCGGAGCUGAACUUUGAUCAGAGCAGAAGAAUCACAGCAGAGUAGAGACAGCUGACUUUGAAAUGGCAUCUAUUCGUCGACACAUCCCCUACACUUCAAAAGCCCCUGUCAGACAGGGAAUAUACAGCCAAUCGGUUGUUGUGGACAGAACAAUGUACAUCUCGGGUCAGCUGGGGCUGGAUGUGGCCUCUGGUCAGCUGGUAGAUGGAGGGGUGACGGCUCAGGCCAAACAGGCUCUCGUCAACAUGGGGGAGAUCCUGAAAGCAGCCGGCUGUGACUACACCAACGUGGUGAAGACGACUGUGCUGCUCGCUGACAUCAACGACUUCAACAGCGUCAAUGAGGUCUACAAAACAUGUUUCAGCAGUAACUUUCCAGCCAGAGCUGCCUACCAAGUCGCUGCUCUCCCCAGAGGUGGGCUGGUGGAAAUUGAGGCGGUUGCUGUUCUUGGUCCUCUCUCUGACUCCUGACUAGACGGCCACAUCACAAACAAGUUGUAGUCUCAACAUCAAGGGACCUUUGUAGUUGUACAGUGGAAGCCUUCAUGUAUUUCCAGAUGACAAAUGGAAAGGCCAAAAUCGGAUCUUGACUUUUCAGUUUUGAGUAUAAAUGAGUUUCUCAGCUGGAUUGACUGCACCUCUGAACUACAGUCAGCAUUACAACAUUUUAGAAUGAAACCCUCAACAAUAGAGCAGUACAUAAUUCACCAGGAUAAAACUAAGGGUAAUGAUGAAGUCUGACUAUCUGUCUAACAUUCCCUGGUCACAAGUGGCCAGAUUCAGGGUCAAGUCGGCUUUCUCUUUGUGCUGUUUCUGGUUUGGUUUCUCAUCAUCUGUUUGGCGCCAGAGAAACGUAUAACACAUUAUGAAAGUGCAGUUCUCACUAAUAAACAAAUGUAGUCCAACCUCUGA